GAUUUUCAUAAAUUAACUUAUUUAAUUGCUGUUUACACAGAAAUUAUUAUGGAACUUAAUCGCAUUUAUAUUUGUUAUCUAUUAACCACUCUGCUCAUAAGCAUAUUUGUUUAUUCCCUGGUCUCUAGCAAUUUGCAAAAUAUGAAAAAAUUAGAAAGGUUAAGAGAAGAAGUAGAUGAUAUAGCGCAUUUAAUUCUUGAAACUCCCUAUAAUGGUAAAACCGAUUCGAAAUAUUUAACCGAUUUAAUAGACAACUUUAUAAAAAAACGUUUGGCGGGCAUAUGGGAUGAUUUGUAUUCGCUAAAGAAACAAAUAAAAUCGCGUGAUUGCACGGCCUCCUUGACAGCGAAUUCGAAAAACCAGCAAAAAAUGGAAGUAGCUCAAAUGGAUGAUAGAGUAAAUUAUGCUGCACAUGAAUUGGGAGCCAGAAUUUUGAAUGUCAAAGCAGAACCCAUAUGUUCAGGCAAUAUUUUAAAAACCUGGUUGGGCAUGGAGUUUAAUACUAAUCCACCCAUUAAUAUGCUACUCUCUACUAUGGAACCUGGCAGUUGUUUUGGUUUUAGAAGCAAUAAGGCUCAAGUUACCUUAAAAUUGGCUAGAGAGAUUUUAAUAGAUCAAUUUUUAAUACAACAUAUUACUAAAAAGCAAUCUCCUUCGGAGGAUAUUUCUUCAGCUCCCAAGGAUUUUCAAGUUUUUGGUUUGGAAAAUAAUGCUGAUGAUUUUCAUUUGGGUUCUUUUAAAUUUGACAACAGUAAAGCAGCACAAUAUUUCGAUAUAAGAACUAAUAAAAGAUUUCAAAAUUUAAGAAUUCAAUUCGAUUCGAAUCAGGGGAAUCCUAAUUAUACUUGUGUUUAUAGGUAACUAUAGAGAACUAGA